AUGGAGCUGGGGCAGUAUGAAGAUCCGGCUUUAAAGGGAAACAAGGGGGAAGUGAGCACAGAAAACAGGAUGAGAAAGCCUUUGGCGGCGGGCUGGAGGUCGCCUCUUCAGAGAGCCCUGCUCGGCCGGCCGCCCGCGUGUCCGGCCGGGGUGGGCGCGCAGCCCCGGGCCGCGCCUGGCCCGCCGCCCCUCGCCCCUUCCAGCGGCAGGGCGCGCUCGGCUGGGCGGGAUAAGGUUACGCCGAGGCUUCCUCGGUGGGGAGGAGGGGAGGCGGGUCCGAGCCCGCGCCCCGGCCCGCGGGGGAGUUCCCACAGUUGGCAGCUCGGGCUCCCGGGGCCACAGCCCUGUAGCCGGCCGGGCGCCGCCCGCGGGACCCCGAGCCUGUCCCCAGGGCGCGGCCCCCGCCAUGGCCCGGAACACCGCCGAGGGUGCGGGCUGCGCCGGGGUCUGCUGGCGCCGCGCUGCUGCUCGGCCGCGCUCUGCGCGGAGCUGUGCCCCGCCCGGCCGACCCGCCCGCAGCGCCCGCCGGGCCCGCCUUCGGGCCGCCCGGCCGCACCUGCGCGCGCGCCGCCGCGCGGCGCCAGGAGGCAGGUGACCUACGUGCGCAGCGCGCGCCGAGCGCCGCCGGGGGGCGGCGGGAGCGGGACGCCGGAGCCGAGCUGCUGCGCCCCGCGCGGGCGCCCCCGCCGGAAGGGUCCCCGGUGGCAGAUCCGUCUCCAGCCUUGGGCAGGCCCUGCUCAGUCCCUGGAUGAAGAAGCCUGGAGGUUCCUGAGAUAUAUCAGCACCACCCAGAUUGCAUGCGAUCACAUGAAUACAGACAACCUGGCUACUGAUGCCAGCCCUGAACAGAAGCCCUGGUCGGUGUGUCUUGAUGACAGGUUUGGCUUAGCUCAUCAAAUCCACAGCAAGCAAUGCCGCCUCUACUCUUUAGGGCUGGGAAGUGAGGAUACCCGUUUCGAGGUGAGCAUGGCCAACGUCGGAUGCGAAGUGCACCGUUUCGAUCCCAGCGUCAAGUCGGCUCAUGCUCUGGAGAGUCAGCGCCUUUGGCAUCACCGUCUGUCCAUCGACUGGCGGGACCCCCAUCCAGCUGUUGCCGCCCAGAAACCACACAGCAGCACCAGGAAACUGGGCAGCAUUUUGAAUGAAUUUGGGCAUCAUAAGAUUGACAUUCUCAAGGCAGAUCUGGAAAGUGCAGAAUGGAAAGUUUUGGAAAAUCUUAUUUUGGAAGAUGUCCUUGAGCAGAUUGGACAGCUCAUCUUUGAGAUCCAUCUCCAUUGGCCUGGGUUCGAGGUCGGCGGUAGUGACAGCAGCGUCGUGCGGUUCUGGUACAGCCUCCUCAAAGAGUUAGAACUAAAGGAUUUCAGGCUUUUUCACAGUUACAAAGAUUUAUCUAAACCACAGCUAUUCCUGAAGAAAGACAUUUUCAAUGCAAGUAGCUGUUAUACCCUGAGCUGGGUGAAUACAAGGUGGAAAUAGUAUGCAGGACCUCAUCAAGAACACGAGGGAAUAUUACUAUUUGCAGAACAGAGCAUGUUCAUGAUUCUAAUAAUGGGUUUACUCACCCUCAGUCUCCCACUAGCCUGUACCUGCUUGAGGCAGGGAGGUGGUAUUGUCUUUGUAGGGCAUGUAGCAUGGUGCUUGGCCUGUGGCAGGGGCACAGUUAAGACUUGCUGAAGGGGUGCACACAGUCACCCCCAUUUGCCCAGAACCAGGCCUUUGGCCUUUUGCCUCUGACAGAGUGUGGAUGCUUGUCCUCCUCCACUUUAACUUGAAAGAUAAUCCCCCACUCAUCCCAGUCUUCCCUAAAAUUCACUACAUAUCUAUAUUCCAUGAAUUCACCAACAUUUGUUGAGAUUACGUAAGUUUUCCAUUUUUACUAGGUUGAUGAGAUUUUUAAGUUCAUUGCCUACUGUCUAAAAUAGUGUCUUUCAUUUGACUCUGACUCACCUCUUUCAAGGUUUUUCCUGUUUGCCUUGUCAAUAAUAUUCUUUGAAACCUUACAGAUUUCAAUAGUUUCUCAUGCUGCGCCUUCGUGAGAAACAAUGAUUCUGGUUUCUGGGAACUCAGACACACCAAAUUCAGCCACUGAGUUAGGAAGACUCGACUGUCAAGAACUUCAACUCAAGAUUCUUGUCAUGCGUAACCUUAAAUCCCGUUCACUUGCUAUGAAACUAUGCACAAAGCAGAAUAUGGGUGUCUUUGCUGCUGCCUUUUUUGCCUUCAAACAUGAUUUUCCAACUACAGA